AUGCAGUUGGAUACCUUCGUUGCUGCCCUAGGGCUCCUCACGCCGGCAAGCGCGCUUCUCCGCUUCGGUUGCGCGGGCUUGACAGUCCAGCGUCUGGAUCCCUUGGUCAACCCGGGCAUGAACCCUUCGGACUCCUUCAACGCGUCGAUGCCUGUGGAGACGCAUGAUCUCGCGGAGCUUUCGACUUGCACGAGUUGCCAAUUCACCGAGGAUUUCUCCAACUACUGGACCGCCGUCCUGUUCUACCGCGCCAAGAAUGGCACAUACAAGAGAAUCCCUCAGAUGGCCCAGGCCGGUAUGGAGGGCACAGACGGCGGCAUGGUCGUCUACUACAUGAGCGAUGCCCUAUUCGACACCGCUCAAAAGUCGAACGUCACAGCCUUCAAGCCAGGCUUCCGCAUGCUAGUUGGCGACUCGACCUUCCGCGACCGCGAGCAAGCCCGGAAGUGGCGGCAGCUGACCUACAUCUGCAUGGAGGACCAGAGCACCCGAGCCCCUGAGACCAUAGGAUUUCCCACGACGCCGUGCAAAGGCGGUAUAAUGGCCAACCACCGGUUCCCAACCUGCUGGGACGGUAAGAACCUCGACUCUCCUAACCACCAAGACCACGUCUCGUACCCGGAGACCGGCACCUUCGAGUCCGGUGGCGCCUGUCCUUCGACCCACCCUGUCCGGCUUCCCCAGAUCCUCCUGGAGACCAUCUGGGAUACCCGCGCCUUCAAUGAUGCGGCUGACUUCGCCGAUGAGAACCAGCCAUUCGUGUGGUCCAGCGGGGACGCCACUGGCUUUUCCAGCCACGCUGACUACCUGUUCGGUUGGAAGGAUGACUCUCUACAGAAGGCCAUGGACGCUCAUACUUACGUCUCGGCACCAACUCUCCGGACCCAGGCUAUCGCUCAGCAGAACGAGUGCAAGGUCCCCGAUAUGGGCAAAUAA